AUGGAUGUAGACGAUGAAUCUGAAGGGAUGCAGGCUACUUCGUCCACUUCCUCGGUCGAGCAACCAUCACCCGAAUCGACAGGUCAAGAGGGCACAAUGCCGAGUGAACAAGAGGUGGUCGUCAAUGGCAUUUUAUCUGGACGACUCACGAGGAGCCAUUCUGAAGAUGCCAAUUCCGUAGCAUGGAAACCCACUCAAAGGUCAUUUACAGCCAAAAACAAGAAUGGCGAGAAGUUAUUCACUGCCGUAGUAGACGGGAUAGUGGAAGUUUCUGGAGUUGAGUUCCUUAGUUUAACUAUGGAGAUGAAAAAGGGGAAUCGUUACUCUAGUCCAGAUUACGCAGCAGCUUUGCAAGCGCAAGAAGCGUGCCAGAUGGCCGCAGCGGUUUGCAACUUGCCAGAGGAGAAAAUUGAAAAGCUACGAAAGAGUAGCCGGCUAGGAAGGCAUGUUACGGUUGGGAUCAACAGGAACGAAUACUGGUUUGUCAUAUUGGAGUACUCCGCAGCCUGGGCCGACUACAUCCGUGGCAAACAAGCAGCUUUCUCAGGGUUGGCCAAAAUCACAAACUUUGGUCCCCACAUGGCACACAGUAAGCCACAAAUGGAUGAGUUCACAAUAAUCACGGAUGCCCUCUCUGAGGCAGCAACGGAAGACAAUCUUGAAGGGUUCGACGACGACGUACCUGGAGAGUCCGCCGACGAAGGAAUGACUGGAUAG